GGGUGGGGGGCUACCCAGGUGAGUGGCACGUGCUGAGCUGCUCACCACUUGGCUGUGGGGAGGGGGUAGCGGGUGAGUGGGGGUGGUGAGCGAGGCAGCAGGUGGACCGGCUUCACCCACGCCGCCGCAGGCUCGGUUAUACCGUCACCACCACCAUCAAGCCAUCGACCCUGACCAUCGCCACCUACAGCGGCGAGCGAACUCGUCCCGCAGCGGCGGCGGCGUCGUCACGAGAGGUGUCCGACGAUCGAGGAGGGAGGCACGCGAAGGAUGUGCGACCCCACGCAUUCCCUGCGCUUCGCGGUGCACGAGCACCCCGCAGCGAUGUACCCAGGGCAUGUGGACGCGCCAUGGAGCGUGCAAGACUUCGACAUGACCGCGCCGCCGCUGCUAUCACCACCACCACCGCUAUCACCACCACCACCACUACCAACGCAGCAGCAACAACAACAACAUCAUCAGCAACAACAACAUCAGCUGCCGGUCCACGCUGCGUCGUCCCCGCUGCUGCUCCUCGCCCCCGCGGGCGCGUGCCCCACGUGGCGCGCGCUGCCGCCCGCGCGCUGGGACCGCGGCCACGUGUUCGAGUGGGCGGCGUGGCACGUGGAGGGCGCGCGCGCCGACGCGUCGCGCAUCCCCGCAGAGGCGCUCGACGUGGACGGCCCCGCGCUGCUCGCCAUGAGCCGACGGCGGAUGGAGGAGGCCGCCGGCUCGGAGCAGCUGGGCGCGCGCAUGCACGCGCACCUCGCCGAGAUGGCGCGCGCGUACGCGUGCCAAGAGGACCGCGACCCGAGCGAGCGCCACCCAGCGACACCCCCAGAGGCUGAGCCCCCACGGGCAGCCCCCGCGCAGGCAGAAGGCGUCAAGGCAGAAGCCGCGGACGUGCACUGCGCACAGCGCAAGCACAAGCAUGGCGGAUCCCGGGGUGCGCUGCUCUGGGAGUUCCUGCGGGACCUGCUGCUGGGCCAGGCGGAGGGCGGCGGCGGUGCGGGGCUGCUGCGCUGGGAGGACCGCCAGGCCGGCUCGUUCCGCUUCGUGCGCGCCGGGGACGUCGCCCGCCUCUGGGGGGAACGGAAGCGCAACCCGGGCAUGACCUACGAGAAGCUGAGCCGCGCCAUGCGCUACUACUACAAGCGCGGCAUCCUGGAGCGCGUGGACGGCCGUCGCCUCGUCUAUCGCUUUGGCAGCAAAUCGAGCGGCUGGAGACCAGACUCGUGACACGUGACUCGUGACACGUGACUUGUGACGCGUGACUCGUGACACGUGACGCGUGACUUGUGACGCGUGACACGUGACUCGUGACGCGGCCUCGACAGCGCCCGCUCGCCCCUGGCGGCUGGAAGCGCGUUCACACUUGGUGGCGGUCCUCGUAGUCGUCGUCGUUUGUUGUUUGUUGUUUUCUGGCCGUCAAACUGCCCCCCCACUCCCCCACCUCCCUGUCCAACCCCUCCUCGUGUUUGUGAUACGUUGUGAUGUGUGUACUGCUGUAUUGGUUGUUGUUUGAUUAUUUUUUUGUUGUCCACGUCAGUAAUGAUAUCAAACGGUGAUAUCAUUGAAGGUGGUGUAGGAACAAUGUUCUGGUUAACCCAGGAGGGUAACGAGCAGAGGCAUGGGCGGCUUUGCCAUCCCCCCCCCCUCCCUUGACAAACACCCUAAGAUUUAUUUUAAACAAGUGUAUCAAAGAACAAAGACUUCUUUAAAAUGGG